AUGACCCCAUCACGAACAGUUGCAGCCUGCAACCUGGUGACCGAUCUAUUACAGCGCCUACUCGAAGCAGGUACCACAACCAAUCUCAUUGUCUGCGGUACAAGAUCCGAGUUCUUAGUCCAGCUUUCUGCUGCUAUUAGCACUCAGCGAGCAGAUGCCGAACCCCCAGUCCCCAAUGACUUGUUGACAAAGACCAUCGGCUUGCUCGCGAAGUCGAGCAGGAUUCGUCUUACGUUCUGCCCUUCCCUAGAGAUACUGAGGGCAUAUCUAGCCAUUCUGCCUCGGGACAUUGAAGCGCAAGAUAGCGGACCGUUACCUCUGCUUGCUAUCUUAGACCUCGUCGCUUUACAUGUGCCCACCUCCGAGUUCGCAGCACAAGGUUUAUCGAGAACGUUUGCUUCGGCGGUUGAAGCAGCUGCACGGGCGGGGAUGGAUCUGGUCCUCUUUGAGUGCACCAAUGCUGUCAACCCUUCUAGCGCUGAAUGGGGACCACUACUAUGGGAUACUGAAGUGCCUUUGUUGGACGGUUCGGUGCGUAUCCGGGGCGAAGAAGGAAACUGGGGUGGGCGAGGAAUAGGCGUUAAAAAGGUGGCCCAGCGCUGGUUUACAUUUGAGCAAGCAAUGGAAUCAUGA